AUGUCAAUCCAACAAAAUACUCGUAUUCCUUGUCAUUGUUUAUUAUAUGCAUGUAAUAGUAAUCUAGUUUCUCAAUAUACAAAAGCUCAACAUGAAUUAGAAGAUAUGAUACAACAGGAAGAAGAAGAAGAAAGUGAAUCAUUUACAGAACAAUUAGGCAGGUUAAAUUUAAACUUAACAGAUGAAGACUUGACAGAUAAAAGUAGCAAUAAAGAGUUUGAGGAAUUAAAUAAUAAAUUAAAUGAUAAAUUAGUUAAGCAAUUUAAUAAUGAAUUAGGUGAAAAUCAGUUGAAGAAGUCAUGA